UUAAUGAACAUAAAAAUCAUGAUCUUAACCAAGCUCGCUACAACUUUCAGGAAAAUAUAGCAUUCACAAAGGAGAUGACUGAUGAUGUUGAGUUCUUUGUAACAAAGAUGAAUUGUAGCCCCCAACAAAUUCGUAAAGCCCUUGAAGAGAAAUAUUUUGAUCAGACAAAUGAUGCUAGUAAAUUGUAUCAAGAAUUGUUGAAUAAGAAAGAAGCUGAUCCCCGAUGGUAUAUCUGGGUAGAUUGGGACCCUAAUA